GUUCCCUCCUCCUCCUCCUCUCGUGUCCUCCACUCAUCUUCUCGUCUGCUCACUACUAUGCAGCAUUUGAACAGAACAGAAGCAGACAGAGGGACGUGGAAGUAACCGGGCCAGACUUUACAGUAAAUCAACGAGGACUAAACCAAAGAGCUGGAGCUAAAAAAACAAAACACCUGGAUUUUCUUUCUUCUUCUUUUUUUUUUUUACGCCACUCACUGGAGAUUUUCUUAUUGGAGGAAUAACAUUAGAUUUUGGCACUUAAUAUUUUAAGAUAUAAAACCCUCACCUGGCACAGAUCUCACUUAGGAUAAAUCAAAGAAGAAAAAAGGGAGAAAGGUUUUUGUUUUUUUUUAAACAAUAGAAAAUGUGAUUUCUUCUUCUUUCUUCUCCUUCAUGAAGCAGUCGUGUCGCGGCGUCACGAACAGCUGGGUCGUGUCGGCGACGUGUGUGGAUUUACAGUUUUUUUCCCCCUUCCUUUUUAUGACACGUUUCUGCGGCCUCGUGUCAAAAUGAGCGUGGGUUUAAUUGAAUCAGCCACAUGAGUGGAAUCUAAACAAACACACGCGUCCCUUUGCUGCUGCUUCUUCUUCUUCUUCCAUAUCUGCCGCAAAUCAACGGCGCCGCUCGCUGUGGGGGGAAAAAGAGAACGAGAAUAUGGAAAGCGAGGUUUUCACGCCUUUGCUGGAGCAGUUCAUGCUCACACCUCUGGUCUGCUGGGUGAAGACAGUGGGGCAGCCGGCGGUGACCGAUGGCUCCAAAUUAUCGGAAUAUGUCGAAUUGGUGGACGGGAUUUACCUGAACGAGAUUAUGCUCGAGAUAAAUCCUAAAGCCACGGUGCAGAGGACCAACAAGAAAGUGAACAAUGACCCCACACUGCGCAUCCAGAACCUUUCUAUUCUCAUCAGGCAGAUCAAGGCCUACUAUCAGGAGAGUCUUCAGCAGCUGGUCAUGAUGCCUUUACCAAACGUGCUGGUGCUGGGCCGGAACCCUCUCUCUGAACAAGGUCUGGACGAGAUGAAGAAGCUGUUGCUGCUGUUACUCGGCUGCGCGGUUCAGUGUGAGAAGAAGGAAGAGUACAUUGAGCGUAUCCAGACUCUGGACUUUCACAGCAAAGCUGCUAUUGCUUCCCACAUCCAAGAGGUGACUCACAACCAGGAGAAUGUGGUCGACCUGCAGUGGUUGGAAAGUGGAGAAAGCCCAGCUGAGGAUUUGGACAGUCUGUCCCGAAACCUGGCUUUCCACCUCAAACACCUGGUGGAUGAAAGGGACACACAGCUGGAGACUAUAGUGGAGUUGACCCAGGAAAGAGACUGUGUGCAGUUGUCUCCACUGGCUCCGUAUCCAACACAGUCUCCGAACGACUCGCCCAGCAUGAGGAGGACCGAAAGUCGACAACAUCUCUCUGUGGAGUUGGCUGAUGCCAAGGCCAAGAUCAGACGCCUUCGACAGGAACUAGAGGAGAAGAGUGAGCAGCUUUUGGACACCAGGCAGGAGCUUGAGAACAUGGAGGUGGAGUUCAAGCGGCUUCAGCAAGAGAGCUACCAGCUGCUGUCGGACGCUCGCUCGGCUCGGGCCUACCGCGAUGAGCUGGACUCCCUCAGAGAGAAAGCCAUCCGUGUGGACAAACUGGAGAGCGAGCUGAGCCGAUACAGGGAGAAACUUCACGACAUCGAGUUUUUCAAGGCCAGAGUCGAGGAGCUGAAGGAGGACAACCAGGUCUUACUGGAGACUAAGAGCAUGUUGGAGGAACAGCUGGAUGCCAGCAGGACGCGUUCUGACAAACUGCAUCUCCUAGAGAAAGAGAAUCUGCAGCUUAAAUCCAAGAUCCAUGACCUGGAGAGGGAGAGGGACAUGGACCGUAAGAGAAUGGAGGAGCUGUUAGAGGAGAACCUUGGGCUCGAGAUGGCGCAGAAACAGAGCAUGGACGAGUCCCUGCACCUGGGCUGGGAGCUGGAGCAACUAUCUAAGACACCAGACCUCACUGAAAUCCCUCAGAAGUCUCUGGGCGAGGAGGUAAACGACUUGACCUCAAGUCGCCUGUUGAAGCUUGAGAAAGAAAACCAGACGCUGCUGAAGAGUGUGGAGGAGCUCAGAGGAGCAGCCAGCCAGGACACUGUGGCAAAACUGGCUAAAGUCAGCCAAGAAAACCAGAAACUCAACCAAACGCUGGAGCAGCUGCAGACUGAACUGACCACAGACAGGGAGUCGCUCCGCUGUGCAGAGUCUCUCAGCACUGACCUGAUGAAGGAGAAGGCUCUGCUGGAGAAAACUCUCGAAACCCUCAGAGAGAAUUCUGAGCGACAGCUGAAGGGUCUGGAGCAGGAGAACAAGCACCUGAGUCAGACGGUGGCGUCUCUGCGUCAGCGCUGCCAGGUCGGCGCCGAGGCCCGAGUCAAGGACGUGGAGAAGGAGAAUCGCAUUCUCCACGAGUCCAUCUGUGAGACCACCGGCAAACUCAAUAAGAUGGAGUUUGAAAGGAAACAACUACGGAAGGAGCUGGAGGUGAUGAAGGAGAGAGGGGAGAGGGCAGAGGAGCUUGAGAUUCAGGUGGAGAAGCUGGAAAGGGACAAAGAGAGUCUGCAGAAGAAAGUCGCCAGCCUUGGAAUCACGUGUGAAAAGGUGUGUUCCUUGGAGAAGGAGAACACGGACCUGGAGGCAGAGGGCCGGCGUUUAAAGAAGAAGCUGGAUGCGCUGAAGAACAUGGCCUUCCAGCUGGAGGCUCUGGAAAAGGAGAAUUCCCAGCUGGAGGAGGAGAACCUGGAGCUCCGGCGCUCGGCUGAGAGCCUCCGGUCGGCCGGAGCCAAGGCUGCUCAGCUGGAGGCUGAGAACAUGGAGCUGGAGAGUGAGAAGAGCCAGCUGAAGCGCAGCCUGGAGCUGCUCAAAGCUUCAUCCAAGAAGACGGAGAGAUUAGAGGUGAGUUACCAGGGCCUAGAUACAGAGAACCAACGGCUGCAGAAGGCUUUAGAGAACAGCAGCAAGAAAAUUCAGCAGCUGGAGGUGGAGCUUCAAGAGGUGGAGACUGAGAAUCAAGCCCUCCAACGCAACCUGGAGGAGCUGAAGAUCUCCAGCAAACGCCUGGAGCAGCUGGAGCAGGAGAACAAGACUCUGGAGCAGGAAAGCUCCCUGCUGGAGAAAGACAAGAAGCUCCUGGAGAAGGAAAACAAACGGCUGAGGCAACAGGCCGAGAUCCGUGACUCCACGCUGGAGGACAACAACCAGCGCAUCACCAGUUUGGAGAAAGAGAAUCGAACUAUGGGCAAGGAGAUGAUCUUCUUCAGGGACUCGUGCACGAGAGUCAAAGACCUGGAGCGAGAGAACAAGGAGCUGGUCAAACUGGCCUCCAUCGAUAAGAAGACCCUCAUCACUCUCAGAGAGGAGCUUGUGACUGAGAAGCUGCGGACUCAGCAGAUGAAUAAUGAUCUGGACAAACUGACCCAUCAGUUGGAGAAGAUCGGACUGAACAAGGAAAGGCUGCUACAUGACGAGAACUCCGACGACAGGUUCAAGCUCCUGGAAACCAAACUAGAGUCGACACUGAAAUCAUCUUUGGAGAUUAAAGAGGAGAAGAUUGCUGCUCUAGAGGCCAGACUGCAGGAGUCCUCAAACCUCAACCAGCAACUUCGGCAAGAACUAAAGACGGUGAAGAAAAACUACGAAGCGCUGCGUCAGAGGGAGGAGGAGGAGAGGAUGGUGCUGAGCUCGCCCCCUAGAGGAGGGGAGGACUCUCAGUGUGUCAGUAAAUGGGAGAAGGAGAGCCAUGAAGCCACCAGGGAGCUGCUGAAAGUCAAAGACAGGCUCAUUGAGGUGGAGAGGAAUAAUGCCACACUGCAGGCCGAGAAGGCCGCCCUGAGGAGCCAACUCAAACAACUGGAAACUCAAAGCUCCAAUCUGCAGGCUCAGAUUGUGGCCGUGCAGAGACAGACGGCGUCUUUACAGGAGAACAACACAACACUGCAGACGCAGAACGCCAAGCUGCAGGUGGAGACCUCUACCCUGAGCUCGCAGAGCGCGGCCCUCAUGGCCCACAAUGCACAGCUGCAGACUCAGCAGAGCAGCGUGGAAGGCGAGCGUGACGGAGCGCUGAAGGAGAAGGAGGAUGUGAGGACCACCUACGAGCUGCUCCUGCGAGACCACGAGAAGCUUGCUGCGCUGCACGAGAUGCAGGCGGUGGAUUACGAAGCCCUGAUAGGAAAAAACAGGGGCCUGAAGAGUUCCCACAAGAGCCUGGAGCAGCAGCACAGGGACCUGGAGGACAAAUACAAGCAGCUGCUGCAGAGGAAGGGCGAGCUGGAGGAGAUGGAGAAAAACCUGAAGGAGCAGCAGGAGAGAAUAGCACAGGACAACCAGGAACACAGAGCCACAGCUGACCAAUACAAACUGCUCAAAGAGGAAAACGACAGACUGAACUCUACUUAUCGUCAGCUGGUGAAGGACAAUGAGAAUCUCCAGUCGGACCAUAAGAACACAAAGAGCCUGUUAAACAGCGCCAAGCUGGAGCAGACCAAGCUGGAGGCCGAGUUCUCCAAACUGAAGGAACAGUACCAGCAGCUGGACAUCACCUCCACCAAGCUCACCAACCAGUGUGAAUUGUUGAGUCAGCUGAAAGGAAACCUGGAGGAGGAGAAUCGUCACCUGUUGGAUCAGAUCCAGACUCUGAUGCUGCAGAAUCGCACGCUGCUGGAGCAGACCAUGGAGAGCAAGGACCUCUUCCACGUUGAGCAAAGACAAUACAUUGACAAACUGAAUGAGCUGAGGAGACAGAAGGAAAAACUUGAGGAGAAGAUCAUGGACCAGUACAAGUUCUACGACCCCUCACCUCCACGCAGGCGUGGGAACUGGAUCAAGCUGCAGGUGAAGAAGCUGAUCAAUCCGAAGAGCCGCGAAAGGAUGCGCUCCCUCACGCUGACGCCGUCCCGCUCUGAGUACAGCGACGCUUUCCUGAGCUUCCCUCCGGACAGCCAGGACAGCUCGUCUAUCGGCUCCGGCUCCAACUCUCUGGACGACACGCUCACACAGAGGAAGAGCAGCAGGAGGAGAGGGCAGCACUCCCAUGCCCCAGGGCAGGGUUCCACCAAUGCUAUAAAAAGGUUGCCUUUCAUGAGGAACAGAUCCAAGGACAAAGACAAGGCCAAAGCCAUCUACCGGCGCUCCAUGUCCAUGAAUGACCUGCUGCAGACUAUGGCAGUGGCCGCUGCUCCGGGCUCACAGUGGGCGGGCAGCACUGAGAAUCUAGACGGUGCUGAAGGCGGAGACGCUGGAAUGACGGGCAGCGGCAGGCGUGGCGGUCGGCGCAUGAAGGAGCUUGCAUUCUCCACCAACGCCAUCGACUGUGCCGCCCUCACGCUGCCCUCUGCUGGGCACAGCAGGGCAAAGCACCGGCUACACGUUAAAGAUAACGUCUCCUGUGAGGAUGUUGCCGGCUCCUCUGAGGAACCCAAGUGCCAAGGCCUGCCCGUGUACAGCAGUGCUGUGGCUCUGUAUCUUUCCCCUGUAGAGCUGAACAUUAGGUGCAGAGUUCCCUGUAGCAUCUGUACCACCAGACCCUCCAGUCUCCAUAGCAACAGGACCACCAGUAGUAAUAGUAACAAUAACUCCCACCUCACCUCUCCUCUGGAGGGCAAAGGCGCUUUGAACGGCAGCCUCAGCAGACCUCACAGUGAGAGCAGCGGAGAGUUCAGCCUGAGUUUGGACCAGGAGGUGUGGUCCAGCAGCGGCAGCAGUCCAGUCCAGCAGCCCACCUCCUCACGCGCCUCUCACCAGAGCCCGCUGCAGCUGCGCAGGUCGCACGACCCUUCGGCCUCCGUGAGCAGCCCCGGCCAGAGCCAGGUCAGGAAGACAGCGUCUCCGGCAAAUGAGGUGCUUUCUCUGCAACAGUUCCUGGAUGAGGGUAUUGAUCCUGCUGAGUCUGGCAGUCAGGAGAACCUCACUGUCGACUCUCCUCGCCUCCCCACUUCUUCUGAGCAUGUGCAGAAGGAACGCACAAAGAGCCGAGGUAUACUGCGCUCAUCCAGCGGGAGAGCGGCGCCACUCACCUCCGACCGUCCACCGAGGUCCUCGGGACAGCCGGGACGCCCGACCCUGCGGAAGGCAGAGAGCACCCGCGUUAGAGGCUCUGUCCCAAUCCGCUCCAGCCUGUCCUCGCAGAGCAAAGCCACGUCCGUCUCCGAGCGCCUGGACUCGGCGUCCUCCACGCUGCCUCGGGCCAGCAGCGUCAUCUCCACGGCCGAAGGCACCACGCGGCGAACCAGCAUCCACGACCUGCUUUCCAAGGACAGCCGGCAGCCGGUGUCGGUCGACACUUCGCCCCCCGUCGCUUCCACCAAGGCUGCUGUACGCUCCCAGCCUACACCCAGUGAGUACCGCCCCAAAAGCUCCAACCCUAAAGGUGCCCUCAUCACCACCUCCACCAUGGCCAAAUCAGUUAGCUUACCUUGUCAUAGCCUGGAGGACCCCGACCUCUCCACCCUCGAGUCUUUCCUCGGCUCCUCCUUCACUGUAGAGUCCGUGUUCAUGGACUCCAUUUUUAGUGAGUCAACGGACAGUAACCUCCCCUUCCUGUCUAUAAACCCCUCCCUCGUCAGUAAUAUCAGUGGGCCGCCCGUUGCAAAUAAACCUCCGCCGGCUCCACCUGCCCAGCACCACACGCCCACCCAAAACCAGAACCCUCACUGCCAGUCAAACGGCCAAGUGAGAUCCGGCCCUGCCGGUUUGGAAGAUUAUAACAAGAGCGUGGACCCCAGUGGUGCGAGUAAUUCAGACCAGUCAUUGAACCCAGAGGACAACCAGUCUCUGUGGUAUGAGUACGGGUGUGUGUGAGUGAUGACGAGGUUCUGGUUCACUCACUGACACACGACACCUGACUUUAAAGAAAGAACGGAUGGAUAACUGCUCAAUCCUCGACCUCUGCAUGUAUUUAUCAGAGCACUGUCUCUCUGUGUGUCUGUGUGUCUGUGUGUGUGUGUGUGUGUGGUGUUUUGGUUUCUUGUUUUCCAUGGUGCUGACUGGUGGUUUGUUGUUGUUUUUUUUUUAUUUUAUUUUAUUGCCUCCUGUUUUGACCUCUGUUUUCUAUCCCAUUCUGUUCUUUAAAGUCGGGCUUUGAAUGUUCCUCUAUCCAACAGCCGUUACCAUGUUAUUGUGUCCUCAUUAACUCUGUGGCCUUGCUAUAGUUAUAUACUGUAGCUGCAGAGUGCAGGUCACAGUUAAGUGUCUCUCAGUGUCUCUGCUUAUUCAGGCCUGGGUCAUAACUUCUUCCACAUCUGCGUGUCCACAGUUAGACGUAGAUUUAGUGGAUGUGGACAAAUGUGAGCACACGUCCAGUUUGAGUCUGCACGGUUCAUACAUACUAGUCCAGUUAGUGGAACGAGACAACGAAGAAGACGUAGGUCCACUCGUACCCACACAUGUACACUCGGCACCCAAAGAAUACAAGGACAAACAAAUGUGGUUAAGCACGUGGAACGCUGGACUGACUGGACUCUCGUUUUAGGACGAAAGCGUCUCUCUGUUGGACGUAGAACGUGGAAAGAACGACCCAGACCUUAUUAUCCAUGAGCAGAAAUGUUGGGGAUUCAGCCUUAACAAGCACUAAAACAAAACAAUCUUAAUGUCAGGCAUAGCUGUCCCUGAUGAGGACCAGAGCAUUGUGGGACAGAUCUCACAAUAGCUGUUAUUUAAAUGAAAGGUCCAGUGUGUAAAAAGUAACUACGGUGGCCUUAACGCACCAGAGAGGAUGUUGUUUUCUCUUCCUUUGCAUCGUAAGCUUUCACUUCACAAACGUUUGGGCGUAUUAACGACUUCUUCUAAAGCUACAAAAACCAAAGCAUAUUCAACGUUACACACUGGACCUUUAUAGCCGUUACGUGUGCCAGAUAAUACAUUCACCUGUUUAUCACGUCGUUGGGUGGGAGUGUGUCUGUUAUGUUACUGCAUGGCUUUGUUCUGUUUCAACCUCACACUCAGAUUUUGAUCCCUGUGAUCAAAAUGUGUUUGUUAAUCCUCUUUUUGUUUCUUUUGACGCGUGUAACAUGGUUACUUUUGUACAUUUUACACCUGCUCUGUAUUUUUUUUUUUUUUUUUGAGUAUAACUGGGGGGUGACGGGAGGUGUGUGACCCAGUUUUCUGGGACUGGUGACAAAAUGGCGCCGCUUCAUUCAAAGAACAAUCUGGCAGGAAGGGGGAUUAGACGGUUUAGCGGCAAGUUGACCGUAAAGGUAAUGGAACAUGAUGAGAGGGAUUAUUUUAUGAUUUGAAAGAUUUGUCACAGGAAGUUUGAGAAAAGUUUGCAUGGGUCAGAUUGUUUGGCGAAUGAAGAGAACGCCAUUUUUAUUGUGCUGUUUGGAAACGUUUAUUUACACAUCACUGAAUCACUGACCGAAUCAUAUUUGGUUUAGACUGACAAGAUCUUGUACAGAUUGUUUGAAUAAUACUUAAGUUAUAAUCAAAGACAAGCACUGCAUUACCAUGUGCCGAUACUAGUGGAUCCCUUUGCAUCUAGAUUCUUAAUUUAUUUCUUUUUUUUUCUCUCUUUGUAGUUGCUGUUUUUUUGAAGUUGCUUUAUUGUAUUUAUCUGGAUCCACAGGGAUCUACAGUGAUCCACAGGGAUCUACAGUGCACGCAGGUGUACAGUAAACAGUUGUGGUUGCUGUCUACAGAUGUAACAUAAACAUUGCCUUUGUCCUACAGAUGUGGAGGGCAGAAAGUCUAAAAGCCGGAGCGGGGAGCCGCAGCAAAGCUGCUAAACCCUUUCCCCUCUCUGGUACCAUGCUGUGAGCGCGUGGUGAGUGAGUGCUGCUCGAGUGGGAGGAGUAAGGGGUGGUGGGGUGGUGGGGUGCUUGGGGGAACUAAAACAUGGUGUAACAGAUGUCGCCCAUCCUGCUGCGCACUUGCUUCCCCUGCUUCGUCUAAGCUGUUACCCCAAAGCUCCCCCCCCCCAACUGUGCUGUCCGUCGCCCCCACUGUCCCCGUGGUGCCAAACGCCUGUUCUCAGAGCCUGAUGGGAUGGGAUGGGAUGGGUUCCUCGUCUGCAUGACAUAUGGGCAUUUUACCAUGUUGCUCUGGGGAGGGAAUCAACAUUUCUGUUCCCAAAAACUCUGCCGGCAACAGGAGUUCACUGUGUCCCUGCUCCUCCAUUGUAAAGAUGAACACUCAGUGUCUCACUGGUUAAAGAAAACCUGUUGUUCAGGCUGCUUAUAGUUGCUGCAUGGCUUUGAUGUAGUGCGGAUAUCCUUCCUGCCUUUUCCCCCCUUGACGAUGCAUGUAGACCCAGGCUGGCUGCUGUCUCCUCCUGUACAUCACUGACAGUCCCGUUGUUCACAUUUUGUCUGCCUUUGUUUUUCUGAUUUCCUUCAGAACUUUACUUUUCUAACCUGUCGACUUUUCUGUCUUUUCCUUCUUCCUCUCUCCCUCUCUCUCUCUCCACUCCUCUCUGCUUGCCUGGGACUCAGAGAGACAGGUGGCCUUGGAGCUGUGUGUCUGAACUCUAGUAGAAUUGUUUCUGCUGAGACUCUGCAGUGAGAAAAGAUUGUUGACCCUAGUUUCAUUCUUUCUUUCUUUUUUUUUUUUUUAAACCCUGGACACGCCAGUAAAGAAAAGUGUCUUCUUGCUCUGUUUUGUUUUUCUUCCUUGAAUCAAGGAAACAGAAAAAUAUUGGAAAGUGUUGCAUUGACCUUGUUUUUUCUAUAAAGACUGCUGUGGCAGAUUGCACUGCCA